GUUUUGGACUGCAGACAAGAUGGCCGCCAUCCGUCAACCGUGAUGAUUCUCACUCUCCUGCUAUGUUCCUGUCAUAAUUGUAAUAUUUAAACGUUACCGCGAGAAAAAUGGGCUUAUCGCAGAGUUCGGAGGUGUCCGAGGGAGGGACGUAUGGAUACCACGUGCACGCAGUGCAGCCAGAUUCCCCUGCGGAAAAGACCGGACUGCAGCCGUUCUUUGACUUCAUUCUGUCUCUUGACAACAGGCGACUGAAUGAGGAAAAUGACCUGCUGAAGGAGCUGCUGAAGGCCAACAAGGAGAGAGCAGUGAAGAUGGAGGUGUACAGCACCAAGAGCACGAUGGUUCGGGAGCUUGAGGUGAUGCCCAGCAGCAUGUGGGGAGGACAGGGGCUGCUGGGGGCCAGUGUUCGCUUCUGCAGCUACCAAGGAGCCAGUGAGAACGUCUGGCACGUCCUGGAUGUGGAAGUUAGUUCGCCUGCUGCGCUGGCCGGGCUUCAGCCACACACUGACUACAUUGUUGGAGCAGAUCAGGUGUUGCAAGACUCCGAGGAUUUCUUCUCACUGAUCGAGGCCCAUGAAGGGAAGCCGCUGAAGCUUCUGGUGUACAACACGCUGACAGACGCCUGCAGAGAGGUGGUGGUCACACCGAACGGGGCAUGGGGAGGAGAGGGCAGUUUGGGUUGUGGCAUUGGUUAUGGCUACCUGCACCGAAUACCUGCAAAUCCUGAUGCAUCGACCGAAGAGCCUCCAGUGCCCGUUCCUGAGGAGAAACCCUCUCCAACGCUGCACACCCAUGGAUUCACUGAGGCGCCGUUGAUGGCACCUGCAAGCCAGAGUGAAGAUGUGUUAGACGUGGAGCAGGUCACCCUCCAGGGAGAUCCCCUACCUCCGCCCAUCCAGAGAGUCAUGGACCCUGACUCUGAAGUGGCAGUGGUGAACCCCGAAGCUGCAGAUCUGGUGGACAGGCUGGAUCUGUCCACGUCUUCCAUAGACAUGACCAACACUGCACUGGCUAUGCAGGAGGAGAAGGAGGGUGAGAUCUCCGGUGUUGAGGAGCUGGAGGACAGCGUGCUGCUCUCAUCAUCAGCAGAGGACCAGACUGAUUCACAGGAGCUGAGCUCCCAGGCAGUCAUGGACCUCACCUCCGCUCUUGCGUCCACUGACAUUUUGUCUGAUUCCGGCCUCCUACCUGCAGAACCGCAUCCCCUGGUCACAGAGUCCACAGACCCAGAAAGCUUCCGCAUCGAGUCCAAUGAAAGCUCAAGUCCACCCAAAGGAGCGUUGUCUCUACUUGUGGACUCAGUCAACCCUCCCACUGAGCCCCCCGUCCCCGCCGAAGAGCCUCCCUGCCCAUUGCCCGUCGAUCUCCUCCAAUCCUCAGCCGUCGAUCAGUCCGUGUCCGACGAUUCUCCUGCUCAGGCCGCGGAGGAUGCGACAGGGUCAGUAGAGGAGUCCGCUGAGCCUCUAGAUGUGGCUCCUGCUCAGCAAUGCAGCCACGGGCACGGCGAGGAGCCAGAGGAGCCACAUCUAGAGUAAGCUCGUUUCAGCAAAAAAUGCGAAGUGAAAGCGACAAUCACUUUUUAAAGAAAUUCAGGACAGACCAAGGGAAAACUUUCUGAUUUUAGUCUUACGGGAGUGCGUAUCGUCAAGUUAAUUACACUACAGGAACCAGCUACGGAUUUAACAUACACGUAGAAAAACACUUUGAAGCAUUGUAGGAAUAUUCUGUUUCUUUUAUAUGUGAGAAUUUAAAGUUACAGCAAAUUUUUCUAAGCCAAAAGGAUGUAAUGUCAUCACUUCUUUUCGUCUGGGGUGCAAAUUAGAUCAUACGGAUGGCUUUGUUUCUAGUACGAAUACUUGAGUAGUUUCAAAGAUAAACACUUACUAUAUGGAAAAACACACGUUGGGCAUCUACUACAACAACAACAAAGAAAAGCUGCACCCUAAUAUUCAUAAUGCUAUAUUACAUUUUUUAAAGUUACGGCCGUUUAGAUAAAUUGUAAGUCUCAUGGUGCGGAGUUAUCUCUGUUGCCGAUGUGCUUUGAAGAAGCAUCAUCUACACAAUGACUCCCAUAAUAGAGAACAGCAUUAUUAUAUAAGAGGGACAUUUACGAUGAUUGGGUUUAAGAAUGUUUUUGUCAUGGGAUGAGGGAAAUAUUUGUGUUGCCAGUCAGUACAUUACCUGCUUUUACACCAGAUUUGUUGUAAGAACAUUUUUUAAAUGCUGUGUUUAAUUUAGUCCACCUGCAGACUGUUCAGUUUGGAAAUAAUUUUACUGCCAGUCAAGCUGGAAUCAUGUUUUUCUUGACAUUAUGUUCACCUUGUAAUCUAUGCAACAGUAGAUGGGAACUGCUCGCGACUUCACAGACGAGUCUUUUAGAAAACGUAACAUGUGAGAACACGGUCAAACUGCUGUUGGGUAGUAGUUUUUUUCUUCUGCUUUUCUAGGGGGCUACUCAAUGUUUUUCAGUGUCAAAGUAGGGGCUAGUGUAUAAAAUAAGGAAAAGGUAUUUUUGCAGAUAUUUUAUCAAUGAAUUGUAUGUUUUAUUAGGAAUGAGUGAUUUUGAUGAAUGUGAAAUGGGUGAAUCUUUGAAGGUUAAACAAUCAUAUCACUUGACUCAAAAAACAAUUGGUUUUUUUUCUUAUUUCACACUCAUCAGCUGAACACAUUACAACUCAAGAAACAUCCAUUUAUAAUUCCCAUAAAUCUGUCAUUGUUAAACAUUCCAAUUUAUUUCUCUGAAUGCCUAAAAUAUACAUAUUUCACAAAUUAUUACAACAGGGAUAUUGCAGUGUUAUGGCCUAAUAACCCAUCCUGUUUUUUGGCCAAUCAGAGCUCACCCUAUGCGUCCCCACCACAGCGCUACGCACACACUCCUUGUGGCAAAAUCAACUUGGGAAAAUUUACAAUGAAACGUUUCCGUUUUUCUGCUCGGUGACACAUCAACAGAGUAAUGGGUAGUAGCCUUUAUUUCACUUUGGUGAGUUUCCCACAGUGGUUGAAUGUUCAUAUUUUCUCUUGGAUGAGAUCCGCCUUCAAGUUACGUAUAUUUAUGUUUCUCUGAACUCCUAUUGAAUCUAAACGAUAUAUACAUUAGGAACAGCCCUCACCGUCGGCAAAGUCACAGCUCAUGAGCCAAGCACAGAGCAAGUAAGCACGAGUUAUUGUUCAAGAUAUAUGCCUUAUAUAUAAUUCCCAAUCGCUUAGACAACUCAAACGACUACUGACAUUCUUAAAGAGUAAACUGCAAUUUCUGGGUUGUAGAGAAUACGAUGAAUGCAAUUUUUUUAACAUCCAAGUAGAAUUACCUUCAUGACCACGAAUGUGCUCUAGGGAUUUGGGGAAAAAAUAACUUGAAUUUUAAGUAAACUGUACAACAACAAAAUAAAACUGCUGCAACCCUCCGCCCGGAGGGGGGAAGAAAUCAAAAGGUUUUACAUAUAUUUACAAAAAAUAUAACAUUCAGUCCAUUUAGAACAGCACAGCUA